CUUACACGCACUCACUCACAUGCGCACACACUCUCUCUCACUCACACAAACACACUAUCUUGCCCCCUGCAGGACGUCAAGGUUUGACCUUUGACCCCUGAGGUCAUCUACCUACAGGGUGGGAAAUGUCACUGCAGCUGUUCUCACACUCACUCACACACAGGAGGGAGAGCGGGAGGAGUCAAAGGUAAAAUAAGAGUGUGGACAAGUGAGAGAGCGACACACACACGCUGGAGUGUGUGCAUCUUUAUUGGAUAAUUAGUUGAUUGUUCUGGACCCUGAACAUCAUAAGGAGGCGCUACGGUGGUGAGAGGAGUGGUGAGGAUUCAGCAUGGUGGACGACAUCAGCAUAGGGAAGUGCCGAUCCGCUUCGCAGAGCCCAGGAAAAUAAUACAACACUAUUUUCUCAGCAGUGGCUGAACUGUUGUUCUGAAACUUUAGGGUUUCAUAAACGAGCAGGAGAACAGGCUACGCCCCCUCAGCAUCUUGGGAGCUGGUUCUGUCAGGUUACAGCCUGAUUCUCUGUGUGUGUGUGCGUGUCAGUGAUGGAUGGAGAAACAGGCAGUGCUGAGAGAGGCGAAGCCAGGAAGGCGGAGCCUCUGUGUCACUCAGCCCCUUCCACCAGGAGCCUCCUCCUCCACCAGUCUGUGUUCAGUCGACCUUCCAGUCCUCGCAUAAACAAGCCUGGCUCUGCCCACCUCGAGGCUCCGCCCAAGACUCCACGGAGACUGAGCUUCAGCGGAAUCUUUAGGUUGACUUCCAGGGAAUCAAACCCUCAACCUUCAUCUUCAUCAGCAUCUGUCCAACUGUUCACACGCAACAAAAGAGACAAGGCCAGAGCCCACAGCCUCUGCUCCUCCUCCCCUCCUCCUCCUCCUCCUCCUUCUCAGGUGGUGACAAAUGUCUUCCGUCUGGAGACAUAUGUGACUGAGCCGAGACGACCUGAGACCAGGAGAUUGCGUUCCUUCUCUUCACCUCCAGACACAGGACAUCACUCCUUCACCUCCUCCUCCUCCUGCUGCCCACAGAGGCCUCCUCUGGCCCCAGCCCUUCCUGUUGGGAACCUGGUGGGUUCUUCUCCCAGGAUCUUCUCUCAGGUGGAGGUUGCAGAUGACAUGUCGGAGCAGGCGGAGCCUGCCGAUGAUGUGUCAGAGAGAGACAUCUACACACGCUUCAUGAAGUGUCACAAGUGUUAUGACAUCAUCCCGACCAGCUCCAAACUGGUGGUGUUUGAUACAACGCUGCAGGUGAAGAAAGCGUUUUUUGCUCUGGUGGCAAAUGGAGUCAGAGCUGCUCCUCUCUGGGAGAGCAAGAACCAGAGCUUUGUAGGAAUGUUGACCAUCACAGACUUUAUCAACAUCCUGACCAGAUACUACAAAUCUCCAAUGGUUCAGAUCUACGAGCUGGAGGAACAUAAGAUCGAGACCUGGAGAGAACUUUACCUGCAGGAGACAUUUAAACCUCUGGUCCACAUCUCACCUGACACCAGUGUGUUUGACGCCGUGUUCUCACUGAUCAAGAAUAAGAUCCACCGUCUGCCCGUCAUUGACCCGGUCACUGGAAACGCCCUCUACAUCCUGACACACAAGAGGAUCCUCAAGUUCCUGCAGCUGUUUCUGUGUGAGAUGCCCAUGCCAGCCUUCAUGAAGCAGAGUCUGGAGGAACUCUCUGUGGGAACCUACACCAACAUUGCCUUCAUCCACCCAGACACGCCCCUUAUCACCGCCCUCUCUGUCUUCACUCACCGCAGAGUCUCCGCCCUCCCUGUGGUCGAUCACCAUGGUAAAGUUGUGGACAUCUACUCCAAGUUUGACGUCAUUAACCUGGCAGCAGAGAAAACCUACAAUAAUCUGGAUGUGACAGUGACUCAGGCUCUGAAACACAGGAGUCAGUAUUUUGAAGGAGUCAUGAAGUGUAACAAGAUGGAGGCUCUGGACACCAUUGUGGACCGCAUCGUCAAAGCUGAGGUUCACAGACUGGUCGUUGUUGAUGAAGAGUCUCGUAUCAUCGGUAUCGUCUCACUGUCAGACAUCCUGCAGGCUCUGGUCCUCACACCUGCAGGUAUACACACACACGCGCACAUAGACACACACGCAGACACACACACACUGGUGGGUCUGCUUGUGUCUUCAGGUCUGAGGAGGAAAGAGUCUCUGCCUCGUCCACCACCAGGACCUGACCCUGGACAAGACCUAGAGUUCAGUUCAAAGACAAACCGCAAACCAGAUCAAGACCAGGAUCAGGACCAGGACCAGGUCAAAAAUCAGGACCGGAAUCAGGACCUGGAGCAGGAUCAAGACCAGGAGUGGGUUCAGGAUCAGGAGUCCUGUAAAGAGACAAACUGUGGAGACGCUGCAGAAACCUGUCAACAAGGAGAGGGAGGAGAGAGGGAGGAGCUAAAUGAGGAGGAGACAGAGAGGGAGGAGCUAAAUGAGGAGGAGGAUACAGAGAGGGAGGAGCUAAAUGAUGAUGAAGAGACAGAGAGGGAGGAGCUAAAUCAGGAGGAGACAGAGAGGGAGAAAGGAGAGGAAAUGAAGGAGAGGACAGGAGAGGAGGAAGGAGGAAGUGAUGAAGGGGAAGUGAAGGAGGAGGGAGGAGAGGACAGGGGGGAGGAGUCAAUGUGACACCCUCUGCUAGUGGAUUUUGUCAUGUCUGAGAUUGGUCAGUUGCUGUGGAGGUGGGAGGGGCCUGUGGGUUUUCCUGGAGCCAAUCAGAUCUCAGCUGGUCUCUGAGAGGAUGAGUGACGUCAUCAGUAAACCUGGACUUCCUGCUGACCUGCAUGGUCUGUGAAUGACGACAGAAAGUGACGUCAUCAAUGUGUUGAUAUUUUUGCUGUUUUUUGUGAUUGAAGUUUAUGAUCAAUAAUUAGGAUUAAAAUCAUCACUGUAGAUAAAACUGAUUUUAUUUAAAAAAAAAAAACUUUUCUGUUUAUGAUUCAUUUAGACUGAAUUGACCUGUGAUAAGCCCCGCCCACUUUAGCUCACAAAUAGCUGUAAGCAUUAGCUGCUAACUGCAAAGUUUUAUUCUGUAGCGUAGGCUAAAGUUUGUGCUGUUAGCAUUAAGCUAACACACUGUAGCUGCUCGGUGUUAGCUUGUGUAUUAGCAUGAAGCUAACACACUGCAGCUGCUUGGUGUCGGCCGUGUUGUUAACAUGAAGGUAACACAGUAGCUGCUUGGUUUUAGCUGGUGUUGUUAGCAUGAAGCUAACACUGUGGCUGCUCUGUGUUAGCUUGUGUUGUUAGUAUGAAGCUAACACACUGUAGCUGCUCGCUGUUACCUGUUCAGGUUAAAACUGUUUUUGUGGCUCUGGUUCUGGUCCUUCAGAACCAGUACUGGGUCGUUUGUGGUCCAGAGCGACGCAGCCACUGAGCUAAAGCUAAUGCUUUCACACUGACAUUUGCCAUGGUGUUAGUAGCCACCAGCUAAUGUUAGUUUGCUGUCAUAUUAACAUUAUUAUUGUGAAGCUGACACUCGCUGUGAUUGGCCCGUCUGUGUCUGAGGGCGGGGCUUACCUCUCUCUCUUUCCUUUGUUGCAUUUGUGGAACAGAUGCUCAGAAAAGUUCUUUGUGUUUGUGAACUUGACAAAUAAAGUUUAAACUUCAAAAUGA